AUGCAGGGUAACGGGCAGCAAGCGGCGGCGGGGAAAGGUCUUGAGGAACACCUCGGCGGGAUAGGGGCGGCCGAUGGCGGGCUGCAGGCUGCUGCCGUGCCCAUGCUGCCGGCCAUGGAGGUGGCCGAGGAGCCGGAGAAAGCUCCGGGUGGUAAGAGCAAGGACCCCAACACCUACAAAGUGCUCUCCCUGGUACUCUGUGUCUGCAUGUUAACGACGAUCCUAGGAUGUAUAUUUGGCCUGAAGCCUAGCUGUUCAAAAGAUGUGAAAACCUGCAAAGGCCGUUGCUUUGAGAGGACCUUUGGAAGCUGCCGUUGUGAUAAAGAUUGUGUCAAGCUUGGAAACUGCUGCUUAGAUUACCAGGAAACGUGUAUAGAGCCAGCCCACAUAUGGACCUGCAAUAAAUUCAGGUGUGGAGAGAAGAGGCGACCAGAGUAUCACUGUUCCUGUUCAGAUGACUGUGUGGAAAAUAAUGAUUGCUGUGUCAAUUAUAAUGCUGUUUGUAAAGGAGAGGCAAGCUGGGUUGAAGAAGAGUGUGAGGACAUUACUGAACCUCAGUGUCCAAAAGGAUUUACCAAAUCUCCAGUGUUGCUCUUUUCAUUGGAUGGCUUCAGAGCAGAAUAUUUACAGACUUGGGGUGGACUUCUACCUGUUAUUAGCAAAUUACAGAAAUGUGGAACAUACACUUCCAGUAUGACACCAGUGUAUCCUUCAAAAACCUUUCCGAAUCAUUAUUCCAUCGUCACAGGGCUGUAUCCUGAAUCUCAUGGUGUAAUUGAUAACAAGAUGUAUGACCCUAAAAGAAAUGCAUCGUUCACCCUUAGAAGUGCAGAGAAGUUUAAUCCACAGUGGUACCAAGGACAGCCUAUUUGGCUGACAGCUAUCUAUCAAGGUCUCAAAGCAGCCACAUUCUUUUGGCCCGGGUCAGAUGUAGCAGUUAAUGGAACCUUUCCAAACCUGUAUGAAAAAUACAAUAGCUCAAUACCCUUUGAAGAAAGGGUGGUAACAGUUCUUCGGUGGCUGCAGUUACCUGAAGAUGAAAGACCACACUUUUACACUCUGUAUUUAGAAGAACCAGAUUCCUCAGGCCAUCGGUUUGGACCAGUAAGCAGCGGAGUCAUUACGGCAUUACAGAGAGUGGACAAGAUAGUAGGGAUGCUGAUGGAUGGUCUCAAGCAAAUGAACUUGCAUAAAUGCCUGAACAUUAUUUUUAUAUCAGAUCAUGGUAUGGAAGCAGGGAGCUGCAGAAAAACAGCAUAUCUGGACAGCUAUCUGGAUGAUGUUCAAGAUUUCAUUGUAGUACCUGGUCCUGCAGCUCGCCUAAGACCUAAUAAUGUUCCAGAUGAGUAUUUCUCUUUUAAUUAUGAAGGCAUUGUCAGAAACCUCACAUGCAUAGAACCAAAUCAGCCUUUCAAAGCUUAUAUGAAGCAGCUGCUACCCAAGCGCUUCCAUUAUUCCUAUAACGACCGGAUUGAGCCAUUGCACUUUUAUUUAGACUCCCAAUGGCAGCUUGCUAGGAAACCACUUGAGAUUAAGAGCUGUGCAGGUGGAUUCCAUGGCUCAGACAAUCGCUUCCCCAGUAUGCAGGCUAUCUUUAUUGGUUUUGGACCAGGAUUCAAGUUUCAUACUCAAGUUGAUCCAUUUGAAAAUAUUGAAGUGUAUAAUUUAAUGUGUGAUUUGCUUGAUUUGAAACCAGCCCCAAACAACGGGACUCACGGACGCCUAAACCACCUUUUAAGGAACCCUGUUUACACCCCCCACCAUCCCAAAGAAAUAAGCCAUCCUUCUGAAUGCUCUGUGGGAGGACAAAGAGCCUUUUCAGUGAGCCUUGGCUGCUCCUGCAGGACAGGGGGCUUGCCAAUAAAGGAUUUUCAUCAGCGUUUAAAUCUCACAGAAACAGAAGUUAGGAAGAUAGAGAAACGGACUUUGCCCUACGGUCGGCCCAGGGUUCUGCAGAAGAGACACAAUUACUGCCUCCUGUAUCAUCACCACUAUGUGAGUGGGUACAGCAAAGACUACAGGAUGUCUCUGUGGAGUGCAUACACUGUUAACAAAGAUGACAAGUGGAUUUCUCCUACAGAGGAUACCUCCAGCUGCUUACACAAGGAUGCUCGUAUUUCUUUUAAUCAAAACCAGACUUGUUUGUUUUACAACAAUCAUCCUCCUCUAACUUAUGGAUUCCUUUCUCCUCCAAAUUUUAUGACGGAUGCAAAGAAGCCUCACUAUGAUGCCUUGCUUACUAGCAAUAUUGUGCCAAUGUACCCUGCAUUCAAAGUGUUAUGGAACUACUUCCAUCAAUACUUGCUACCUGAAUAUGCUGCAUCCAGGAAUGGUGUCAAUGUAGUCAGUGGUCCUGUGUUUGAUUAUGACUCUAAUGGGCUCUAUGAUACUCCAGAAAAGGUGAAAAGAUACCCCGGUAAUUCAGAAGUUCCAGUACCAACUCACUUCUUCAUUGUGCUGACCAGUUGUAAAAAUACUUCUGAAACUCCUCUGGAAUGUGAAGGGUCUCUAGAUGGUUUGUCUUUCAUCGUACCUCACAGAGAAGACAACAGUGAAAGCUGUGCAGAUGGCAAGUCUGAGUCCAUGUGGGUUGAAGAGAGAAUGAAGUUCCAUUCAGCUCGGAUCAGAGAUAUAGAAUUAAUUACUGGACUAAGCUUCUAUCAAGACAGAAAACAGCCAGUAUCUGAGAUUUUACAGUUAAAAACAUACUUACCAACUUUUGAAAUAGUCUAAUUUUUUCCGUGGCAUCUGUGAAAUGUUGUCCAUUUCACAACUGAUUUGUAAAUAGACUGUUUUUAAUUAAUUAAAACAUUUUCUAAAAUAAGCUGAAACAGUUAUUGAGAACUCUUGACCAAAAUGCCAGUAAAGGGGGAGUGUGGGUGCCAUAUUUGUAUCUCAGGGACCUCCUGGUGGAUGUAACGCAGGAUGGCAGCUCCUGUCAUUCCCACUUGAACGUUGGUUUAACCAUCAUCGCAGUCUGAGACACAAACAGAAAUGUUAUCUUUUGUAUGCUCUGGAGAGGAAGGAGUAUAUAAAGCAAGGGUAUAAUCAAUAUUUUUUCUCUUAACAUAGGGAUAAUUAGCAAAUGCAGUUCUGGGAAAUGACUACAUUUUUUGGUGACCAUUGAAAGAUAAACAACAGCACCUCUCACUCUAUUUUUCCUUGAAGUAUGAACUACAUUCUGAGCAUUGGCUAUCGUCAAAUAAUGCAGUGGUAUAGUGCAAAGAAGCUUUACUGUGGUUGGUAGGACUCGUGACUGAAGCUUCCCUGAAAGGGAAGAGAUGCCUGGCUGGAGUUCUGUUAGCUUGGAAGCCUUGGCGUGUUGCUGCCCUCUGGUGUCUUCAAGACUGUAGGCGGUUUUGAUGCACUGUUUGCAUGGUGUAUCUGCAGCCUCUGAAUGAGCAUUAUGAGAAUAAUAGUAUGCACCAAGCCACCUGCAAAUCAGAAGAAAUUCAUUCAGGAAGAUCUCCAUCUCUCAGCUCCCAGAAGUAAUUAUCUGGCUUCAAAUUGAACUUGGAUUUGAUGAAAAGAUUUUUCUUGAAGCAAAGAUGUCUUUCUCAAAUUGGUGUGUAAUUUGUUAACUGAUGUCUUGAAAGUCUAUCCUUGUCAAGAAGAGAUCAUUUUGCUCUAAGACUGUUGCCUUAGUUGGACCGGUAAAAUGAUUUUCUCUAGUGGCACAUCUUGUCACUACAGUAAAUGCUCACAGGCCAUUCAGUUGUCUCUUUUCAACAAAUUACCAGAUUCUAGCUGCAUUUGUAGCUGGCCUUAGUGCUACAUUAUCCAAACUGCAGCUCACAUAAGUUACCCAUCUCCCGUGCAGACACUACCAGAUGCAGCUUCUGAAGAGGCGUAUGAUGAGCUCUCUGGGAAGCUUUCAGGCUACACAAACAGCUGCUACAGGCACUCAGGAGUGUAGAAAUUCCCUCCUUUUCCAGUAGACAUGCUAUCACCUUUGUACUUCUCCCACUCUCUCUAAAGCUGAUGAGCCAAAAUUGGCUCUGUUGUGCAUAAAGUUUGGCAUAGCUAAUUACACAUUUAUGUUCUUCUCAGUUAAAAUGAAGGAAAUGCAUCACGCACAAGUAUGUUGGAAGAAUGAACAGCCUGUGACUGAGCAGAGGGGGCAUUUUACCUUACAGCUUGAUCAGAGGAUGUUGAAGGCUGGAUUCAAAGCCUUUUGAAGUCAGUGGAAGCUUUUCCAUUAACUUCAGUUUGAGCAGGCUGAAAUCCUGGGACCAUUUUUUCCUUUUAACCAAAUGUAUUUUCUCUGUCUUAGGUUACAAGUAUGAUUUUUUUUCCCCCUAAAGUAGUUUCACUGUGUGAAAUUUAAAUGUGUUGUAGCAACCUCCCAUUAUGAUAUGACUGUGACAGCAUUAUUCUGUGUAACUGCUUUGUAAUGUUGCCUGUGGCCAAUAAAAACAGUGAAGUGA